UCUUCAGUGAGCUGAUAUCUCACAACAGACCUGGUUGAAUUCCACUGGUCACGGCUCCCCACUAGAACUCCAUGAGUGUCUUUUGAUGUCAGUCACUAGUGUGCUGGUGAUUAUUAUCAGAACUGAGUAAAUGAUUAAUUAAGAUUACACAGACAUAAAAAAGUAUUUUAAUGAUUUUAUCAGAAAGUAUGUUUACUUAGUUAUAAAUAUAAACUAAAUAAAUUUAUUUUACAAUUUAAGGUUAAAAUUAUUAACUUAUACAUUCUAUUUUUAUUAUUGGUUAAAUAAUAAGAUUCAUUCUAAGAAUUUGAAAUAAACUAUCCUUUAAAUAUCUCUAGCUAUAUUUACCUGCUUUAAUUUACUGUCCCUGCUCAUAUAUAUUUUUUCAAAUAGUAUACUGACUAAAUAAUAUUAGCAUUAUUAUUAAAGGGAUGUAUACCAUUAACCAAUACUAUCUCGUUAAAAAUAAAAUUUACUUAUUGUGAAUAAAGGUGAAAAAUAUCUAGGGGAAAUUAUUAUUCUUAUAGCUUAUUAACGGGAUUGGUUAAAAAGAAAAGAAAUCAAAAGUAUGACUUCCAAAUCAUAAGUCUCUCAUAGGUUUAAGAACAAUAUAAAUAUCCACACGAUAAGUAGAUAAUAAACGUGAUAAACUCUUAGUUACAACUUAUAAAGGAUAAUGAUUACAUACAUUUUCAUUUGUGCAUUAUUAUCACCUACCAUUAUGAGUUCUUCUAAAUUUAAUACAGCUGGAUUAUUAUAUCCUAACGUUUCAAAACCAGAAGGCACAAAAAUCUAUCAAAGUAUUUCAUCUGACAAAGGUUAUGUGAUAAAAACAAUAACCAGUGCACCACUAUAUCGAAUUGUUAGUUAUUUCACUAAUCACACGGAAGAAAGUGAAGCAAAAGUACAUGACUUACAAAUUCCUUACUCAAUGUACUAUACACAUAUAUAUCUUGCUUGGAAAUCUGCUGAUCAAUUGUUAUCCUCUAUAACUCUACAAUCUGAUAAUUCAGAAAGUAAAUUGAAUGGUGCUAAUUUAGUUUUAUCAACCUCUAAACUAGGUGAUAUGUAUGCACCUGGUAUGAUAACAUCAGUUCUUGACUUUGUUACAAAAUGUUAUGAAUGGGCUAAACCAAAUAAUCGACGAAUACCAUCUAGUUCAGCAUAUGUAUCAACACUUAGAGUUGCAUCAAAAGAUGAAAUUAAUCGAGCAUUAAUUAAAUAUACAGUAGAACAAUUUUUAAGAGCAACAACUUAUGGGUCAUAUCAUUUUGUUUGGGAAACGAAUUCAAAAAUGAAAGAAUUUAUGAAAGAAUUAAAUUAUGAACAAAUUACAUGUGGUGGUAAUCAUUCAUCUUAUAAUCCAUGUGAUUGGACAUUAAUGGGUUUAAAACCAGAAAUAGCUAAAGAACAAUGCCUAUAUCGACUUAUUAAUAAUAAAUCCAAUAUUUAUUAAUUACAUUAUUAUUAUUUAUCAUUUUUUUUCUCUUAGAACAAAUCAAGACUUUCACAUCAGGGAAAU